GUUCUAAUCCUCCUAGAGUGCUACUAUGUAUACGGAUCACGCUACCUUCUUUUGCCUAUAAAACUGAUAAUUAUACUCAGUAAAUCUAAGGAACAAAAACUCAUUCAUAAAGCCACAAAAUUUCCUUAAUACUUACAAAAUGGAGCUUAUCGGCAAACCUUAUAUGGUUGUUACUUUGCUACUCCUGGCAAUACUUUCUCCUAGUCUUCAAUUAACAGAGGGAAUUGGUGUAUGUUACGGAAGAAAUGGCAACAACUUACCCUCCCCACAACAAGUAGUAAACUUAUACAAAUCCAGAGGGAUAGCAAACAUGAGAAUCUAUGACCCCAAUCCAAACGUUCUCCAAGCUCUAAGGGGAUCAAACAUAGGCCUAAUCGUCGAUGUUCCAAGGACCGACCUCAGGUCACUUGGCUCGGACCCUUCAGCUGCAAACCGGUGGGUCCAAAACAACAUAGUCCCUUAUGCGUCAAAUGUCAAUUUUCGAUACAUUGCAGUUGGGAACGAAAUCAUGCCUGGUGAUGCCGAGGCAGGGUCAAUUCUCCCGGCCAUGCAAAAUGUCCAAAAUGCUCUUCGAUCAGCUAACUUAGCUGGUAAAAUCAUAGUCUCGACAGCAAUAAAAAGUUCAAUUGUUAGCGGAUUCCCACCCUCUAAAGGUGUUUUUACAUCUUCCUCUUACAUGAAUCCUAUUGUUAACUUCCUUAGAAAUAACGGAUCACCUUUGUUAGCCAACAUUUACCCCUAUUUUUCGUACAUUGGUACCCCAAGUAUCCGCCUAGACUACGCACUCUUUACUUCACCUAACCCCCAAGUUAGCGAUGGUAAUUUACAAUACCAAAACCUCUUUGAUGCAUUGCUUGACACAGUCUAUGCUGCACUCGCAAAUGCGGGUGCUCCUAACACGCCCAUUGUGGUGUCAGAGAGCGGGUGGCCGUCCGCUGGUGGUCAAGCUGCUACUUUUGGUAACGCGGGGACUUAUUACAACAAUUUGAUUGGCCACGUGAACCGAGGUACUCCACGUAAAAAUCAAGCAAUUGAGGCGUAUUUGUUUGCUAUGUUUGAUGAAAAUCAAAAGGGUGGAGGUGUUGAAAACAAUUUUGGACUUUAUACUUCUAAUCAACAGCCUAAGUACCAACUUAAUUUUAGAAACUAAAAAUAUUUAGCCUUGUUUUUAUAUACUAUAUUAUAAAUCUAAAUAAAUCGGCGAAACUCAAAAUGGAAACCGAACUAAUCUAUAAUGAUGAGUUAUAUAUUGUAUUGUGUUAUAAAUAUGAUUAAUUCAAUACAGAAUGUUAUAUAUGGUUAAUCAAAUCUACAAUGUUAUAAUUAUGAUUGAUUUAUUAUUGAUAUAAAUGUCUCCUAAUUUUAUGUUUUCUCUAAAUCCAUUGAAAAGAGGAAGAGAGGGAACAGAAAAGAAGGAGAGAGAAUAAUAAGAAAAGUGAAGUUUGUUUAGCAAAAGGGAAGGAAAAAGAAAAGUAA